AUGGAGAGGGCAGGCGGCGGGGGCGGCCGCGGGGACGAGAUGAUGAUGACCUCGGGCGCGACGGGCCGGAUCGUGCCGGUGUUCCGCUCCGUGCUGUCGCGGCGCGCGCUGCUCCGCGUCGCCGUGGCGCUGCACUCGCUCUUCCUCUGGCUGCUGCUCCUCGCCCGCGGCCUCCGCCUGCGCCGGGCGGCGUCCGGCGCCGAUGCGUCGGCGUUGGAGGCGGGGGCGGAGGGCGGGUCCUGGAACGCGCGGCGGCGGCGGCGGCUGCAGGCCGCGGAGGAGGAGGACGUCCGCAGCCGCAGAGCGCUCGCGGAGGAGGUGCCCAUGGAGGAGGACCGGGCCACCAGGUGGGCCACGUUCCUCGUCACCGGGGCCAGGAGGAACGCGCUCUUCUGUCGCCUCUGGGCGCCGGCCGCCGACGAGAUGAGGGGCAUUUUGGUCAUUAUACAUGGGUUGAAUGAGCACAGUGGAAGGUACUUGCACUUUGCUGAGCAGCUGACAGCAUGUGGUUUUGGAGUAUACGCAAUGGAUUGGAUAGGGCAUGGUGGAAGUGAUGGCCUGCACGGCUAUGUGCCUUCACUAGAUUACGUUAUCGAAGACAUUGAAGUGCUUCUUGACAAAAUUAUGAUGGAGAAUCCAGGGGUCCCUUGUUUCCUCCUCGGUCACUCCACUGGAGGGGCUGUAGUCCUGAAGGCAUCGCUGUACCCUCAUAUCAGAGAGAAACUGGAAGGCAUCAUUCUGACAUCACCCGCGCUGCGUGUGAAGCCUGCACAUCCUAUUGUUGGGGCUGUGGCGCCGAUCUUCUCUCUGGUGGCACCCAAGUUCCAGUUCAAAGGCGCCAACAAGAGGGGCAUCCCGGUUUCCCGCGACCCUGCCGCACUGCUGGCCAAGUACUCGGACCCACUGGUGUACACGGGGCCGAUCAGGGUGCGGACGGGGCACGAGAUCCUGCGCAUCUCCUCCUACCUGCUGCACAGCCUGAAGAAGGUGACCGUCCCGUUCAUGGUGCUGCACGGCACCGCCGACCGGGUGACGGACCCGCUGGCUUCGCGGGAGCUCUACGGCGCGGCGGCGUCCAGGCACAAGGACCUGCGGCUGUACGACGGCUUCUUGCACGACCUGCUCUUCGAGCCCGAGCGCGACGAGGUCGGCGCCGAGAUCAUUGGCUGGAUGGACGGGAUGCUCCGGCUCCGGCGGCAGACUGGAUGA